AUGACUAAAAAGGGGGUUAAGAGCACUAGGAAUCUAGAUCCGAAAAUGAAAAAAGCAGUUCUAGAUAAAAAAUUAGAAUCCCUAUUUAAGCAAGCAAAUGACCUGUCUAUUCUAUGUGAUAUAGAAUUAGGUCUAGUUGUUUUUUCUCCCGGAGAAAAUAAUAUUUUUGCUUGGCCAUCUGUAACCCAAGCUAAAGAAAUAGUAAGAAAGUAUUUAGCUGCUAUCCAGAAAUCAAAUUCAGUUAAGUUGGUUCGACAUGACAACUACCUUCAACCAAUAGUGGAUAAUCAGGCAGAACAUAUUGCUAAAAUAGAGAAAAUAGCCGAGGAGAAGGAAAUGGAGAGCCUCUUCAACCAACUUAUUGGGGCAAGAAUAAGAUUCGAUGAACUUGAUGUGAGAGAGAUUAAGGGUUUGUUAAAGUUAUUUGGUGUUAGGAGGGCCAAACUCGAAGAAAGGAAGAAACAACUGAAUGAAAAUGUUGGAAACGAAAUUGAUCCAAAUGACAACAAUGAUGGAUAA